UUUCGGUAACAUAUCAAGAAGCCGACUUUUUGGCAUUGUCGGCGUGGAGUUCCACUUUUGUUUUUGUGUUUUUUCUAAUUUAAUAAUGCCAUUGUCUGAUUACAACGUGCACAGUUGUCUUAUAUCCUUAAAAUAACUGCAAAUUCUUCAAACUAUCUGUAACUAAAGCAAAAUAAAGCUGGUCUCUUUACUGGGUAUUUUGUUUUUGUUUCAAUUUUGUACUGUCUGAAUUUCAGAUUUCUGUUACAUGGAUUAUUUCUUGCGUUGAAUUAGCAAUUGGGUGGCUCUGGUUUUUGACUUUAUUUGCUUCUGAUCAGUUUUGCUUUGGAUCAUAGAGCAUUUUGGGAGGGAUUGGAGGUUGCCUAUUUCAUUCCGUCAGUAUCUCGUUUUCUUGAAUCACUUAAUCUUGCUGGACCAUGGAUGCCAGCGGGAUUUUAUCUGUUAAAUCACAGAUGAAAUGCCGCAGUAUUGGGACUGCUUUGGCAUCUGCAGUUCUUGAAUGGUUCCUAAUCUGUUUGCUCUUUAUUGAAGCUUUUUUUUCUUACUUAAUCACAAAAUUUGCCUGCUACUAUAAACUGCAAACACCUUGCUUGCUAUGCACGCGACUGGAUCAUAUUUUGGGCAAUAAAAAAUUAAAAUAUUAUUGCGAUCUGAUGUGCGGCAAGCAUAAGUUGGAAAUCUCAUCUUUAGUUCUUUGCCAUGCUCACAACAAACUUGCUGAUGUCCAUGGAAUGUGCGAACGCUGCCUUUUUUCAUUCGCUACAAUCAACAAAUCUAAUGCUGAAACAUACAGAUUAUUGGUGGGAAAAUUGGGGGAGGGUUGUGGUUUUGGUUCAAAUGAGGAUCAUUUACUUGGAGAUCACACUCCUAGGACCCAAUAUUGUUCUUGUUGUGAUGAACCGUGGAUUCCAAAAGGAUAUGGCCAAAGCCUGAUGCAGAAUGAUAUAAUUGGUUCUGAAGCUGCUGAAUUUGAUGCCCGUUUAUCAGCUGCUGCUGAAUUUGAUGCCCGUUUAUCAGCUGCUGCUGAAUUUGAUGCCUGUUUAUCAGGUACUGCUGUAUGUGUCCAGGAAAACUCGCAUAAGAUUGAACGAUCUAUACCCGUCAUAGUUACUCGUGAAAGAAGUAUUAUUGAGUUUGAUAGCCUACCUCACAUCGGGUACACAGAGCUUAAGGUCAAUUCCGAUACUGAAUCUGAAGUCCUAUUUUCGGACGAUGAUGAUAAUGCAAAUGCUCAAAGCCGUGCAAUUAAUCCCGAAGAAGACGUUUCAGUUAGAUGUGUGCAGACAGAGCCUCAAAUUAUCAGUCUGCAUGAUGAUCCAACUUCAGAAAAUUUGAUAGAUUCAGUUGCUGCACUUCAAACUCCGAUAUCAAUCCCGCAUUUACAAUCAGCAUUUGUCAACUUUCAUGACAUUACAUCCAUAUCACCUAUAAUUUCAAUAGGGCACGGUUUGGAAGAACUUCAAUGGCAACAAGCGGAUAACAAAUUUGAUCCUUCUGCUGUCCCUGAGCUUAUUUCGCUUGAUGAAAUUUCUCCAUCAUCAAUUGCUAAAGAAACUCCAGUUGAAGAAGCAAAAGGGAUCGACCACAGUUCCGUAGAUGGUGUUAUUCCAUCAUUGGAUGCUAAAGAAACUCCGGUUGAAGAACCAAAAGGGAUCGACCACAGUUCCAUACAUGGUGUUACUCCAUCAUUGAAUGCUAAAGAAACUCCGGUUGAAGAACCAAAAGGGAUCGACCACAGUUCCGUAGAUGGUGUUACUCCAUCAUUGGAUGCUAAAGAAACUCCGGUUGAAGAACCAAAAGGGAUCGACCACAGUUCCGUAGAUGGUGUUACUCCAUCAUUGGAUGCUAAAGAAACUCUGGUUGAAGAACCAAAAGAGAUCGACCUCAGUUCCGUAGAUGGUGUUACUCCAUCAUUGGAUGCUAAAGAAACUCCGGUUGAAGAACCAAAAGGGAUCGACCACAGUUCCGUAGAUGGUGUUACUCCAUCAUUGGAUGCUAAAGAAACUCCGGUUGAAGAACCAAAAGGGAUCGACCACAGUUCUGUAGAUGGUGUUACUCCAUUAUUGGAUUCUAAAGAAACUCUUGAGGAAGCAUCAAAAGAAAGCAUACUUGCAGCAGAGGACAUUCUCAUUCCUCCACCAUCAGUUGCCAGAGAAACUCCUGUGGAAGAUACAGAGUCGAGCAAGCUUACUUCUGUAGAUGAUGUUCAUCCAAAAUCAGAUAGAAAACCACCCCUUACUCUAAUUUCAACAGGGAGCCAGCUUAUUUCACUUGUUGAUUUUCUUCCAUCCUCGGGCGGAGCAGAAACUCCAAUUCAAGGAUUACAAGGAAGUUGCUUUACUAAAAGUGAGGAAAUUUGGGAAACUGCUGUAACAGAUGGUGAGGAAAUAAGCAAGAUGGGGAAUAGAUCAGCUACAGUGAACGAAACAGCUUCAGAAACAAAUAUUGUUUCUGGCGACAAUGGUCAUCAAGCACCAAACUUGUUGGAGCUUGGCGAUGCUUAUAAGCUAGCUAUUGGCAAUAGGGGUAGACAAUUUUCUGGUGCACUUGCAGAACAAUGGAUUGGAAAGGACUCUUCAAGACUUACCGAUGAUUUGAGGAUAUUAUUUUCUCAAGUAUCUUCUGCUCGAGAACUGACAAUGAAUGAUGCUAGUCCUAGAGUUCCCGUGAGUCCCCACCUGUCUAGCCUUAGCGACGAAACAAAAAAUCUUGACUCUUCUAAUGCGAUAGGAAUCCAUUUACUUCAAAGGAGAAUCUCGCUCGAGAGAAAUGAGUCUGGUCUAUCAAUGGACGGGAGUAUCGUCGGUGAAAUUGAAGGUGAAAGUGCAGUUGAUCGUUUGAAGAGGCAGAUCGAGCAUGAUAAGAAGUUGUUGACGGCUUUAUACAAGGAAGUUGAAGAAGAAAGAAAUGCAUCUGCAGUUUCUACGAAUCAAGCAAUGGCGAUGAUUACUCGACUGCAGGAAGAGAAAGCAACUCUUCAGAUGGAAGCGUUGCAGUACUUAAGAAUGAUGGAAGAGCAAUCCGAGUAUGAUAUGGAAGCAUUACAGAGAACAAACGACCUUCUCUCCGAGAGAGAGAAAGAAAUUCAAGAUUUACAAGCGGAGAUUGAAUUUUACAGGAACAACCAAAGUGAAUUAUUAUGGGAAAAUCCAGAUAACUCUCACCAAGUUAGAGGAAGACAUAUGUCGUCUGCGGAUAAAAAUGUGGGGACCUCCGUUGACAAUGCAGUCUUAAAUUUUGAUGAUGAAAGAGAAUAUAUUUUAGAGUGCUUGAAGAAAUUGGAAAAUAGGAUUUUUCUGUACUCUAAUAAUCAAAUAAAUAUGGUUAAUGGUGAGCAUACUGGAAACGAAGUGAAUGCGGUAAAUAGCAAAUUGGGAUUUCAAAUAAAUUGCGAAGUAGAUGAAAACGAUAAAGGAAAUGGUCCCGAGUCGAUUGAGAAGUCUGAUUUGAUUCGUAAUGCAUAUAAUGAAAUGUUCCACAGUGGUCAGAGCACUCCUCUACCCACUGGAGGGGUUGAUUUAGAUUUACUUGCCGAUGAAGUUUCCGAUCUGAAUGAGAGGUUGAAGGCCCUUGAAUCCGAUAGGAGCUUUAUUGAGCACAGUAUCAACUCAAUCCGUAUCGGAGACGAGGGACUACAAUUCAUUGAAGAAAUCGCAGCUUAUCUCAAAGAAUUGCGAAGCAUCAGAAUAAGAGGAACGGACUAAACCAUUGCGUAAAUCUUCAAGUACAAUCAUCAGAAAUAUGCGUCAGAAUUAAACAAGACAAGCACAUGAUCCAGAAAGUAGAAAAUAUAUACUGUGAAUUGAAGAUUGGCAUUGAAAUGUACAGAUUUUCUUAGUUUGUUUGUUUGUUUGUUUUCACAUUUUAUGCUUAGAUUCUUUUGUUUGCUAAUUCUUGAUUUUGGGUGUGAUUAGUGAGUGAUUUGUACAAGAGCUAAUUUUUGUGUAUAGGCGAGUGUUAUUUGACAAUAAAAUAGCAAUUAAAGG